UCUUCAAUCGAUGAGUGCUGCUAUUGAUGACCCCAACGCCUUUUUUUGCACGAUACAUUUUCACACACGACUCUUGUCUCGAGCUCGGACGGCUGAACUUGAGUUCAAACUUGUGAAAUGGUCAAGAAGACUAUCUCUGUUCAUCCAGCAUGACUUUAUUACAAAGCAUCAAACCCUUCUGGCCGAUGAUAUUUACUUUCAUUCUUCCUCGAGCAAUCAAUUACUAUCGAGUCGUCAAGACGGCUAUCCGGACGAGACCAACACCGCGACCACUUCCCCAGAAAACCAGCCAGGGCCUUAAUGCUCUUUUCGUCUCGAUAUGCGUCUUCCUGUAUUUCUCACUACCGUUGACCGGUAAACUCGAGUAUCACAAUGUGUUCGUCACGACACAGUCACGUCUUACGAUGCCUACGGACGCGCUGUUCGGCCGUGUCGCCCUUCUCCGGGAGCAAGGUGUCUUGACUCCCAUUGAUGAAGCUUUACGCUCGAAACUCACUUCCCCAACCCUCCGCCAGCUAUACUUUCGCUUCGGUCCAUCUACGCUUCUCAACUGCACCUUCUGCCACUCCGACGACGAAUUCUCAUAUCUGCUCUACCAUCUGCCUCUCAAUGUGCUCCUUCCACACCUCUUCCACAUGCUAUGUCUAGGUCUAGCUACUUCCGAAACCAUCGCAGGCUUCGAAGCAAGCCGGUGGCGCUCACGAGCUCUUCUGGGCGGUCUGGCCGUUGCGCUGCUCGACAUCGCCGUGACAUGCACGUACAACCCGACCGUUGACUCGAAAACGCCCGGCCCUGUCGGGGUAUUCUGGCUGGCAUCUACCUUACGCUACCUAGGUCUAUGCAUGUUCGACGCAGUCCUAGCAUUCCUCAUAUAUGCUUCAGCCACGGGGCGUUUCCUGCUGUACAGCGCCCCAGCGAUCGCCGAUCCGGAAGUAACUCGCCGGCGCACCGAAGAACUCCUUACGCAAGCGAAUGUGUCAUUGCAAAUGACCCAGACGAAUCUACGCGCUUACUCGAUAGCGCGGAAUGUUACGGUCCGCAAUCCCGAUCUGAAAGAUACGGACGACGAGUACUGGCGCACAGUGGUGGCAGUGGAAGGCAUCCAAGAUGACAGCGUUUUUGAUGACGAGGAAGUCCAAGCUGCCAUCUCUCAAGCCUAUGGUUCUGGGACUGUCAGUGUGGCACAGAUCAGGAAGGAUGCGGACGCUUUUGUCAAUGCUACGACGAGAGGACUGGACAUGACAUCUACCGCGGGGUGAAGCAAGUAUCAUUACAGGACAUGCGAAAAUAUUAUCACAGCCUUUGGCCACACUAUCUAUUACCGCUAUGAGGAGCGACAGGCAGUCUCAAAGCAAGGCGGGAUAGAGCGAAGUUUUGGAUCAGACAACUUGCAGGCCCACGACCAAGUCCAAUUCUUUACCCAGGCUACCGUCAAAAAAAUGUCCAAGUCCGAUGUGUCCAAGUCGCCCUCCCGGCCCAACGGCCACAGAUAUGUCCAAGUCCAAAGCGUCCAUGUUUUCACCUAGACUACCGUGAAAAAAAUGUCCAAGUGCAAAGUGUCCAAGUCGCCCUCCCAGACCAUCGUCAUAAGAAAAUGUCCAAGUCCAUGUGCAAGGGCGGUCGCC